AUGACGGCAUCGUUGGAGGGCGUGGCGUGGAUGCCCCUGCUGCAGGUCUUUCCCAACUACAUGAACAUCUACGCCCACCUCCGCACCAUCGACAAGUUUGGCAUCCGGCUGCUGGAGGAGCAGCUGCUGCUGGACCAAAACCGCGUUUUUGUGACAAUGAGGCCUGUCCCCGUCACCCAGGCGCCGGGGCCGCAGCAGAACUUUCCGUACGCCAUGGCGUGGCCCGUCACAGUCACCGCCGCCGUCACGGAAGGUGACGGCGUCCUCUCGCAGGGGGCGGUGCUCGCCCUGACCGACAUGCUCACCUCCCUGCACUUGAUGCUGGCCUUCAUGCCGACGCCUGUCGGGCACGUCUCGGUGUCCAUGCAGUGCAACCGCAUGCAGACCAUCCGGGAGGGGGACGCCCUCCUUGUCGUCACCCGCAUUGACAAGAUGGGCAAGCGGCUGGUGUUCACCACCGCAGAGUUUCUGCGUUCGAUGUCGCCCGCCACGGCCCAUUCUGACUCCGCAGAAAGCGGCAUAGACGCGGCGACCCGCUGCUGCUCCCUCUGCGGCAACGUGAAGCACAUCAAGUCGGUGCUGUCGCCAAAUGUCGAGACGACGAGGUAG